GAGAGUGAGUUGAGAAAAGAGAUGGAACAAACGGGAACGGUGGUCGUUGAGAAAGUGGGAGACAAGUCAACAGUCACAAGGUGCUACUCAAAGUAUCCUCUUAAAUUCAUCGUACCAAAAAAGUUGGGCAACUCCAAAACUGAUGCUGUUUGGAUUUACACCCUCACAUAUGGUGGUGGCAUUGUCUCUGGAGAUUCUAUUUCAUGUGAUUUCACAAUUGGUGACGGCUGCACUACUGUCUUGACUACCCAAGCUUCCACAAAGGUCUACAAGUCUCUGGGAUCAAAGUGCUCAGUGCAAGUCUUGGAGGCGAGAGUGGGGAACAAUGCCCUUUUGGCUGUAAUCCCAGAUCCAGUUACAUGUUUUUCCACGGCUAGGUACACUCAGAAACAAGUCUUUAGGAUGUUGAGUGACGCGAGUUUGAUCGUUGUUGAUUGGGUCACUAGUGGGCGCCAUGAAAGUGGUGAAAAAUGGGAUUUUGAUCUGUAUAAGAGUACCAAUCACAUAUUCCUAGAAGACAAUGAACCUCUGCUUCUUGAUACGGUACUUCUAGAAAAAGGAAGCAUGCCUUCUAUUGUAGAGCGCAUGCAGGAGUACCAAGUGGUUGCCAUGGUUAUAUUUUGGGGGCCAAAGAUGAAACACAUUCAAAACCAAGUCCAAGAAGAAGUGAGGAGGAUGAUGACUGAGCAGUUACAAUUUUAUUCUCCUGCAUCAGCUCAACGAAUGAAAAGAAGUUCCACUUGUUGCACGAACAAACCGAACUUUAUUGUUUCUUCAAGUGUCUUUGGUCCUCAGGGAAAAGGAGUCGUCGUUCGAAUAGUUGCCACAACAACUGAAUCAGUUUACACGUUCCUACAACAUCAAUUGGCUGGCUUGGAACCACUACUUGGACUAUCACCAUAUCAUUGAAUUUUCAGAGAAUGUAUUAUAAUGCAUAUUUUACUUUUUCUUGUUAUUGGUCUAUUUUUACAUAGAUCUCAAGUUCUCUAGGUUCUCAUUUAUAGAAUAACCUGUAUACGAAA